AUUUAAGCAUAAAUCUAAAAAGCAAACUGUCGACAAAGUGAGAAGAAAAGAGAGGGAAAGAGAAAGCGCAGACAAAACCGAAAAAGAAGGAUGGAGACUCUGAAAGCAGCGAUUCCAAAUGAACUAAAACAAUCAAUUAGGGAUAGCAGCAAUGUAGAAGAUACUCUUCGCGAUACUUGUUCUUCUCUUCAUCAAUUCUUUCUUCAUUUUCAACCAUUUCACCAGGUGGUGACUGAACUUGCCGACCCAAGCUAUGCACUGUGCGGUAAGAGUAAAGAAGCUUCUUUGGAAUAUAAGCAGCUUGGUAAUCAAUGCUUCUUCGACGCUGAUUAUGUCAAGGCUCUGGAUUAUUAUACUCAGGCAUUGCGCAGGGCUCCUUUUGAAGUUGGUGACAUGAAAACUAAUCUGGUUGCAACAUUGUAUAUCAAUCGAGCUAUUGUAUUGCAUAAAAUGAAUCUUUUAGUAGAAUGUUUGCGAGACUGCAAUCGAGCUCUUCAGAUAUGUCCAAGCUAUGCAAAGGCAUGGUAUAGGAGAGGAAAGGCAAAUGUGUCAUUGGGAAAUAAUAGAGAUGCGAUCUGCGACUUAAAUAUAGCUAAGAGUGUCGAAUCAUCAACAGGUGGGAAGAGACAAGUAGAAAGCGAGCUGAAAAUUAUCUUAGACCAAUCCAAAGGCACAAAUAUAGUAGUACAGCCGCAAUAUAAGGAGAACAGCUUGAGUACAGUGGGUGAGAUGCCUCAAAUAAAGCUGCGGAGUGUCUCCACGCCUGAUAAAGGACGAGGCAUGGUGCCGUCGCAUGAUGUUUCACCAGGUUCGUUGGUUCAUGCUGAAGAACCUUAUGCUACAAUAAUAUUAAAGCAAUGUCGAGAAACUCAUUGCCAUUAUUGCUUUAAUGACCUACCUGCUGAUAGAGUUCCUUGUAUAUCAUGUUCAAUACCAUUGUAUUGCUCCCAGCAAUGCCAGAUAAAGGCAGGUGGGGAAAUGUUCAGGAUUUCCACAGAAGAUAGUAAUAUUCUUAAAAACUUACCCGGUGAUAUUGGAAAAUAUGCUGCUGAAGUGAUUCAAUACAAUGAUUGUGAACAAAAGAUUGAUGAUGUUACUGAACAUAAACAUGAAUGUCAAGGGGUACAUUGGCCUGCUGUACUGCCUUCUGAGAUAGUUUUGGCCGGCCGAGUUGUAGCCAAGUUUCUGUCGAAGAGCUCGUCUGGAGAUAUCGCAAGUUUUGUGGAAAAUCUGGAACUUUCUCAUUGUUAUGAACAUAUGCCAUUUGAAAGUAAAUUGGAUUCACAUAUAUACGCCAUUGUAUUGUUAUAUUGUCUUAAACACUCUUAUGGAACUAUGUUUUCCAUCGACGGAAUCUCUAUAUCACAGGUUGUCAUAGUUAUAUCUCAGAUUAAAGUGAAUUGUAUGACUGUUGUUCGUUUAAAAUCAAUAGACGCUCAUGGACUGUCAGAUCAAUCUGGAGGAUUUACAUUUCAUUCCAGUGUACAUUUAACUAGUAAUGUGGAACAGGUCAGAGUGGGUAAAGCUAUUUAUAAAGCUGGCAGUUUAUUCAAUCAUUCUUGCCAACCAAAUGUUCAUGCAUAUUUUCUUUCACGCACACUCUAUUUACGAACAACAAAAGUUGUAGCAGCUGGGUGUCAGCUGGAAUUGUCUUAUGGUCCACAGGUUGGGUUGUGGGAUUGUAAAGAUCGCCAAAAUUUUCUCAAAGAUGAAUACGCAUUUCAUUGUCAAUGUGCUGGUUGUUCAGAAGUUAAUCUAUCUGACAUUGUCAUCAAUGCUUUUCGUUGUGUCAAACCAAAUUGUUCCGGCGCAGUGUUGGAAAGCAGAGUACUUGAGUGUGAAAAGCAGAAAAUCAAAUACUUCCCUAUUCCUAACAAAGUUAUCAAGAAUGAUGACAUCUAUGAAGUAUGUCUUCAUACAUUUAACCAAAAUGACGCCUCUAUUAAUAUUCAACCUGGAUACUGUUUAAAAUGUGGUUCUUACUCUGAUCUGGAGUCUUCACGUACCACAGUUGAUAAAGCCUUAAUAUGUAUUAAAAGGCUGCAGGAUGCAAUACAGUCAAAAGACAUUUCAAAUACUUCCAUUUCAGACGCUUUGAGAUCUCUUCAUUUGCUGAGAUCAAAUUUGCAUGCAUACAAUAAGGUUAUUGCAGAGGCAGAAGACAACAUAGCCCAAGCUUUUUGUUUAGUGGGAGAAUUACAAUUAUCCGUGGAUCAUUGUAAAGCAUCUAUUCAGAUUCUGGAGAAGCUAUAUGAUCCUGAUGAUAUUGUUAUUGCUUAUGAACUUGUGAAGCUUUCGUCCGUCCAACUUUCCUUGGGUGAUGAUAGUGCUGUCGACAGUAUUAGUCGGAUAGGUGCUAUCUUCUCGCGUUAUUAUGGACUUCAUGCAGACUUGGUCUUUCCCUAUCUUCAGUACCUUAGGAGAGAAAUUUAGAAUUUUCAGUGACUGCUCUCCAUGCAAAUGUUUUUCCAGAAAAGUGAGCUGUGAAGUAAUAGAAAGAUCGUCAAUCACAGCUCAAAUGACAGGUUAUUUUGAUAUAAAAGAUCUACAAUAGUCAACAGCCUCAAGAAAAAUUACUCAAUCUUAAUCCGAGCAGCUCGGCAGUCAGUGAUGAUAUGGUUAAAUUUAAAUUAAAAGGGGAGGAGGAUAUAUAUUUUAAAUUUCUCCUCAAAAUCUGUUUGGAUGAAAUUUGAGGCUUUCUGUAAUGAGAAGGGGUCACACCUUUGGUUCUCAAGGAAAAUUGUUAAUUGUUUCGAGUUAUAACACCAUAACUGCAUGGAAUUUGAGGCUUGUUGUAAUGAGAAGGGGUUACACCUUUGGUUCUCAA